AUGAGGGCACCCUUUGUCCCGUUGUUAGUUCUCAUUACACCUGCAAUUGCCCAGGAGCUCUCGCUCGCCCAGCGCGGGGAUACCAACUGCACAGAUGUCCACAUCUUCCUGGCACGCGGUAACAACGAACCCUACCCCGGUCGCCAGUCUAAGCUUGUCGCCGCCAUUUGCAACGGGCUGAAAAGCUGCGACUAUGAAGAUAUCGCGUACUACAAUCCCUUUGAAGCCCCGUAUUGCGAGUCAAUAGUAGAAGGCGCUUCAAAUGGCAUUUCGCAAAUAACUGCCUACAAUGAGCGGUGCCCCGAAUCCAAAUUAGUCGUCAGCGGAUAUUCUCAGGGCGCUCAUGUCGUUGGCGAUGUCCUGGGUGGCGGCGGAGGAGUAUAUUUCCAAGGCUGUGUCCAAGCCCCCAACGACGGCUUGGACUUUGAAAAGGCUCCCGGAAACAUGAUCCGCGCUGCUCUCCUGUUUGGAAAUACCCUUCAUACUGCAAACCAGCCUUUCAACUAUGAAAGCGGCUCUGGUGGCAAUGGCCUCUUCCCGCGGUCUGGAGACAGACUCACUGGCUUCAACAAGUUCGCCAGUGUGCUCCGUGACUAUUGUGUUGCCUCGGACCCAAUAUGUGCUGGCGGUGAUAUGGUGGCCAAUCAUCUCAAUUAUUUCGACAUUUAUUCGACAAACGCGGCGAACUGGGUUGUUGAAAAGAUGGGAUUGGAAGAUGGGUCUACAUCAACUGUCAUGAGCACCACCGGCAGUACCGCCAGAAGCAGCACCGAUACUAGUAGAAGCAGCAGUACGUCUGAGGCCAGUUCCGCAAGUGCUAGCGCCACAUCCUUCUCUGGAACCGCUUCGCAGACGCAAGAUACGACGGCUUCAGAGACAGAUGACAGCGCUGCUCCUGAAACGCAAGGCACAACCGAGCAGACUUUGCAACCUACGUCAUCUCAUUCACAAGACAAUGCCCCGGAAGCGUCUUCAGAUGGUAACAGCUUGUUUUCCUUAAGCAGCAUUUCAAUGAGAUUAAUUUCAAGCUUUGUUAUAUUCACCUUUACAUGGUGA